AGUGCUAAUUAUUCAUGAUGUUCAAUUACGUAAUUAAUCUUAAGACGAAAAAUAAAAUUAUUUCGCUUCGCUAACGGUAUUAAAUCUGACACCAAGGUACACGCCUCAACAGUACUGAAUUACAGAGGCACUACAACUUGGAAGUUUAACAUGAAUAUUUCCGGAUUUAACAUUUUAUUAGUUUUGGGGAUUUUGGUGGCAAGCACAAGCCUAGUCAGGGCACAAGGUUGUUCUGUCGAAUGUGAUGGAGCUUCGUCCUGUUUUAGAACCUACAACUGUACACACUUUGAUCAGUGUUAUCCACUCGACAGUGGGUGCUCAUGCACUCGUCUCAUGUGUUCCUUUGGAACAUUUUACAGCCCAGCUUCCGGUGUGUGUGACACCGUCUCCAAAGGACUCUGUGAUGCUGAUCCUUGUUUGAGCAGAACAGUCGGAGAAGAUUACAGUUACCCGAGUAACUUUAACUGUCGCAGCUUCUAUCAGUGUAGCAAGAGCGGACGUUCUGUCCCUAUGUGCUGUCGAGACAAUUACCGAUAUGAUUAUGACACACAACAAUGCAGGCCAGAUAAAAGUUGCAACAUCUCGUGCAGUCAACGGGAAGGUCAGGAAUAUUACAACGAUUAUAACGACCAGAUGCAGAAAACAGAUCCAUACGAUUGCUUUUUGAGGCCUGUUGUUGGAAAACCCAGCAAAUAUUACAACGAAGUGGCAAAGAUGGAGCAAGAUUGCGCAGAGUCAACCUACUAUGUUCCAGAAAAAUGUGGUUGUGAUAAUUUAGCAGUAGAUAUUGGAGUACGCCGACCAAUUUGCCGAGCGUUGUUUAGCAUAGACUUUCUAAAUGAAACGGUAUCCAAUUAUCGUGACGAUGUUUAUAUGGAAUCAGAUAGGGUAAAAAUACAUAAAUCGGAAGUCAAGGGGAUUCAAUAUGGACAGUUUAAUGGACGAGAUUCUCACAUCAAAUUACCUUAUCUCAGGAGCAAGUCCUUGGGUAAAGCUUUCGUUCGAAUUCGUUUCUAUACCGCAGUCGGAAGUGGAGUUCAGGACCAGGUUUUAUUUUCUAACUGUGACGCCAUAGAUGGGAAAGAUAUGGAUCUGUAUUCAAAGCCUUCUUUUGCCAUUAUUAUCAACAAGCCCUCCAAGUUAUUAUCCUUCAUCGCCCAAACGGAUAAUCAAAACAAAACUAUUAUUCGACUUCCUUACUUGGACGAUGCGUGGAACAAUGUAGAGAUGAUGUAUGACGGCAAAGUACUAACGGCCCGUGUCAGAGCUUUAAAAUCAAAAGGAGAAAGGGUAGAAGAAAUGGACAGUAAACCUUUAACAGGAAGGGUGAUCGCUCCAAAACAGAAUCCGAAAUUAGGACGAUGUACUGCUGCAGAUGCAUUUUUAGGAUAUAUGGAUAUGGUUUGUAUUCAAUUUUAUCACGUCUUUAUUUUGUCCCACAGAGUGACUAUUUUUUGGUAAAGCCCAACGUUUUUAAGUCUAUUUAGAAGGCUAUUAGCUGUGUUUAACUGUUUUAUAAUGCAUGUUUUGUUAAUUGGUGACUUGGUUGCCUAUUGUUUAACGUCCAUCUCGAGAACAUUUCACUCAUAUGGAAACAUCAUCAUUGACGAUUUAAUCUCUCAAGUGAUAAUUCAUUGUUCGUAAUUCUAUAUCUAAUAUCUAUUUGAUGGAUCCUUCCGAGCAUAUAAACUGGAAUGUAGGCAUGUUGCUGUAUUCAAUGAAAGUUCAAUAAAACCAUUCAUAGUGGCGGGGAUUUUGAAAAUUCAAAUACAAGAAGCGCGAAAAAUAUAGCCCUACGUCAAAAUGAAGACGUUAAAGAUAAGUAGUGAAUGCUCCUUCACCAACCGCCCAGCAUAAAAGUGAAAGGCGUGGUUCUUUCGGACAUGACCUUCAAAUUGGAGGUCAAGGUGGAUUUUGGCAUGAAGGCAUGAGUCGUUCAGACAUGGCCUUCAAAAUGGAAAUUAAAGAACUUUCAAUGUUAAGGCGUGGGCGCCAUGCAUAUAUCAACCUUUGUGGAAGUUCUCCUUAGGUUAAUGACGUAUCUACCUGAAAACGCAAAACAACAUAAACCAUUUUUCACAUAUUGAACACUAACAAUUUGCUUAUCAUCUCUAAUGAUUCAAAAAUAUGUUCGAUUAUAUUGAAUAUCAAAAAUGCAUGGACUUUAAAAGAACGCCUAUUUCGCAAUGUAUUGUUUUGUGUACAUAUUAAAAUCACACAUUUCAUGCUCUUACAUAUUUAAAACCGGUAUGAUAGUAUUGAUAUUUGAAUUUUAAUAAUAUUCCAUGUUUUUUAACAUUUCAGGUGAAGGUUUUCGACUGUGUACCAGUUUAAGAUUUGGUAACUCAGUAAAACUGUAUCAAAAUCACCAAUAUAUAUGAACUAUAGACAUCGCUGUAUGUAAAUCAAAGUUGUAUCAUUCAUACCUGAUGAAAAUCGGAUAUUACACAAUUGUUCAUGUACAUACGAUAAUCAAUACCUCUAAAUAUUGAAUGAAUGAGAUGACGAUGUAAUGUUUGAUGUCGAAUACUGAUUUGUAUAUACAUGUGUAUUUAACGAUGGUUGAUGCUAUAUACAGUGGCAAUGGAGUGUAUGAGAUAGACAUGCAUAUCCAGAUGAUAGAAUGCGAUGUCAAAUAUUAGUGACGUGAAUAUAAAUCUUUAGAUAAGGCGUCCUAGGACGAUUGUCAAAGGGAAACCAAUCUAAGGUUCAUUUGAUCUUCAUAUGCCGUAUUUAUUGUAUGUUUUAACACACAUAUAUAUAUAUAUGAGUUUGUGCUGCAUCAGAAAGCUCAUGUUUGUAAAUUCAUUCAAAUGUUGUAAUAAAUAUAUAAAACUAU